AGAUGACUUUCACGGCGAUGAGGAGAGACCAUGGAACCCUUCAAGCUAUGCUCGGAUCCGAUCUCAACGAGCUCGGAAUCGCUGCUAAGAAUCUCGCUAAUCACACCUUCAGGCUCACUGGUUUAGGCUUUGGUACUUCUAUCCUCGAAUGGAUUGCUUCUGUUGCCGCCAUAUACUUGUUGGUCUUGGAUCGAACUAAUUGGAAGACGAACAUGCUCACUGCACUUUUGAUUCCUUACAUCUUCUUCAGUCUUCCUUCUGUGAUCUUUGGCCUUUUCAGAGGAGAAGUUGGUAAAUGGAUUGCAAUUGUAGCUGUUGUUGUACAACUCUUCUUCCCUAAACACUUCCGAGAAUGGUUCGAAUUACCUGCGGCGGCGAUUCUACUCAUCGUGGUGGCUCCGGGACUAAUCGCCGGAACAUUCAGAGACAACUGGGUUGGUUUAGUUGUAUGCUUAGGGAUUGGAUGUUACUUGCUUCAAGAACACAUUAGAGCUUCAGGUGGAUUCAGAAACGCCUUCACUAAAGCUAAUGGCAUCUCCAACACACUCGGGAUCAUUGCUCUCGUCGUCUUCCCCAUUUGGGCUCUUAUCUUU